AUGGCCUCGUUAAGCAUCGUUGCUCCUUGCCCCAAGAAGCCUUCGUCACCCGUCUACAGCCCUCUUAGCACCACUACCACCACUACUACUACCACUACGACAACAGCAACCACCAAUCCACCCGCUACUACUAUUUGUCACGAUGAUGAUGAUGCCUGUCAGGAACUACGACAAAUUUUAACUGCUCAUCAGCACUACUACAGUCAAGAAGAGAUUGCACGUACCGGUAAUCCGCUUCCUCAAGAUUCGAGUUUCAUUGUCCCAUUGCACCAUCUGCAAGUGACAGAAACGACUAAGCUUCGACCUCGGUCGUACAGUGUCGGUGAUCGUAACCAUUUUGUCGCCAAUAUGGUGCACUAA